CCUCAGGACCCAGAUGCAGGGCGUUUCCCUCUUAGGCUGGCGCUUGACUCCUUGCCUGCAUCUAGCUUGGCGCAAAGGGACACACAUUCUCUGAAAGUGUGGGUGAGACAUAACAGCACCGUUGGUCCUCAAGGCAGAUGGCUCUUCUUCAGGCUAAUAAAGAUGUCAUCUCCACAGGAAUAAAGCAAUUCAAUGCUCUGCUGAAUCAGCAGGUCUUCAGUGAACCCCAUGUCUCCGAAGAAGCCAUGAUGACUAUAGUGGAUGACUGGGUGAACUUGUACAUCACCUAUUAUAGGCAGCAGAUGACGGGAACCCAGGAAGAGCGGGACAGGGCUCUGGAGGAACUUCGGCAAGAGCUGAACACGCUGUCUGUUCCUUUCCUGGACAAAUAUAGGGCCUUCCUGAAGUCCUUGUGAGCACCCAAAUCACCCACUACUUUCUCCUAGUCCGGAGACCGAGGCCUGCCUGUCUAUGAAACCCUUAAUUCCUGCCUCUGUACUCAAGUCGGCUCUGCUCUUCGGCGUUACUCUACCUUGACAUCUCAAUAAAAACCAACACUGGUUUUGCUGGUCUC